CUGCGUUGCGAUGAGAAUUGGGUGCGGAUUUUGUAUGGGAGAUUUGGCUGUGUAGAAAGAGUGAGAGGCAGAGGAAAAUUGUAUGGGGGGAGGUUAGAGGGAGCGCCUUUUUACUAUGGGCCGGCUGAUUGUGAGGGACUGGGCCAAUUUGGGAGGGGAGCUUGCCUCGCGCUGGUACCCUCGCCCACACCAAAGCAAGAGAAGAGCGCGCGCGCGCCCACACGCACCUGGCAGGCAGGCCACCAAAGAGGGAGGGGCAGCUGGCUGGGGGCUGGCUGGUUCGAGCUUGAGUCUCCGUCUCUCGCACUCCCUUCCCUUCCCUUCCGUGCCAGUUCAAUUCGAUUUUCCUCUCGUACUUUCCCUCUUUUGUCUGAAAGCUAAGGUAAGGUAUGCACCUAAAUUACCUACAUGGUGUCCCUCACGGAAGGUCAGGUACCUGCGGUGGCUUCUUCCUACAAAUCAGAGAGCCAGUAGCGGGGACUCGAUUGCCCACCCGCUCACCUUUUGGCUUGCUUCUGCCUAUCAUCACCCUGCCUUGGCUGCCAUCCAUUCCAUCAAUGUCAAUCAGAAAUCCGUCGUUGCUGUGGAGGCCAUCCCAUCCCGGCAAUCCCUCUUAGGUGAUUUUAAUCUCACUCUCCUCUUACGGCUUUGCGGCGGCUCGAGCCCGCAAGAGAAGCAAGCGGGAAAAUGUCACUCACUCACAGCCCGUUGGGGAAGUAUCCGCCGCUAUACAGCCGUGUUUGACAGACAAGCAGAGCUCAACUCAACCAGUUCCCACAUUCUGCCCCCUUCCUCAUUAUUAUCUGGUUCCUCAAUCGUUCGACAUAGCAGAUCAACACUUGCAUUAGAAAACAAGUGCGCGCCAAUCAGGUCAGUUUACGGCAACCUGUCUCAGCUCACGUGCUCUGUAAUAUCGUACCGUUUGUCGCUGACUCGAUGGAUUCGAGCCACCCUCAAAUACUCGGAAUUGGCAAGGCAACAGAGUUUGCAGGUUAACAAGGAAUGCGUAAAAGUUCCUGCCCCAAGCAAAUCCCAAGUCCAGACAAAUCGCGCUUGUUGUCUUGGUGUGGAGGUACUUGUGCAGGAGGACAGACUAUUGUUACUGUACACCACUGCGUGUUUGGCCGCGUACCGGUACAUCGGAAGCCGGGGUAUCCUCUCCCCACAGCACAACUUGUUUAGCCCCCUACUGCUAGAUGCUCCUCCUCAGCCAGGGUUUCCCUACUCCAAUUUUGAACCCAUGCUGUUAGGCGUCUUAUCAACACGCAAGUAUGAUCAAUUCAUGCUAGGGAGCCGAAGUAUCCAGGCAUGUCAGAAACUCGGGCGAUAG